CAGUCGUGCUCGUCAAGCCAUCACCCACCACCUUGGCAUCAUCACCAUCAGUAUCAUCAUCAAGGGCCAGGAUAUCAUCAUCAUCAUCGCAAUAAGCAAAGAAGCAGCACUUGCCUCAAAACACACAUUCCCACAUCAAUAAUCCACUUAUCUACCUACCUAUCAUGGGAUCAUCGCAGUCCUCCUCCUCCUCCUCCUCCACCUCCAGCGACGCCAACAACAACAACAACAACAACGACGCCGCCGGCGCCGCCAAGAAGAAGUCGCUCUACCAGCGCGCGCAGGAGAAGAAGCGCGGCCCCGGCACGAGCGGCCUCAGCGACGAGGACCUGCAAAAGUACACGGGCAAGACGCGGGCCGAGUUCGACGCGUGGAAGGAGACGACGCCCGGCGUAGGCAAGAACCAGCUCGCCGGCAAGCUCGCCGUCGGCCCGGCCAGCGGGCUCGGGGGCGCGGCGACGGCGGGCGGCCUGGGCGGGUGGGGGCCCGACGCCGAGCCCAACGAUAAGGACCGCGGCAUGAAGUUUCCGCCGCAGCCGCUGCCGCAGAAGAAGUCGACGGUUGACGAGGAGUGAAGAAGGCGAGGUCGAGAUUGGAGGUCGGUUGGGGACCCGGCCGGGGGAGGGGGCAUUUGGUGAGUGAGCAACAAGCGUGGAGCUGAGGCUUGAACAUGCACGAGGGAGGGAGGGUAGGCAGGUAAUGAUGGGAAGGCCCUGUGAAGGAGGGCUUGGAUUGUCCGGGACCUAACGUCAGGAACGGAUAACGUAUCGAGAAAGGGGGAGGAGCGAGCCUUGUUCUGAACUGUCUAUUCUUGAUUUCUCGAAACGACCGACUGUACUACUCCGUACAAUUAUUAGUCCCUUCCAUGCACC